AUGCCCUACACGUGUCGCUACGUCAACUGCAAUGGCUCUUUGCUUCGCAUCUCGUCUCGCCUCUCCCCACCGUCGUUCCUCCACGUAAGCCUGCGGAUUCGCGCGUCUCUCGACAUCCCCGCGAGCAAGCCGCUCUCGCUGACUUACACGGACGACGACGCCGCAGAUGGUGCCAACCCUUUUCCUGCCACUGCCUGGCGUGUGAGAGCAGGAAGCCUCUCCAAUCCUCUGACCUCUGGCGAUUCAUCUUUUCGUUUCUCCUCCCCUGCUGCUGUGCCCACGAAUGCUGCUCUCCGCAAAACGGCAUCAGCAGCACUCCUCUCCAAGCCUCUAGUGUCUUUAGCUUCUACUUUUAGUUCCACCUCCCCUGCUGCUGUGGCUGCCCCACCUGCUGCGGCUGCCCCACCUGCUGUGGCUGCCCCACCUGCUGUGGCUGCCCCAUCUGCUGUGGUUGCCCCACUUGCUGUGGUUGCCCCACCUGCUGUGGCUGCCCCAUCUGCUGUGGUUGCCCCACCUGCUGUGGUUGCCCCAUCUGCUGUGGCUGCCCCAUCUGCAUUCGGCAAUACGGCAACAACCACAAGCCUCUUCAAGCCUCCAACACCAACCGUUUCUUCUGCUCCUGCCCCUGCUGUUGGCCCUUGCACCCCUGCUUUUGCCUCGUCAACACCAACCGUUUCUUCUGCUCCUGCCCCUGCUGUUGGCCCUUGCACCCCUGCUUUUGCCUCGUCAGUGACAGCCGCAAGCGUCUCUAACUCGUUACCAUCUGCUGCGUUUUGCACCCCCAGUUUGGGCUUUUGCAAUUUCCCCUUUGACGCUGCCUUCCAUCCCACUCUGGCCUCUGGCACACCUUGGUACAUCAAGUAG